GCCACCAAAUCAGCACUGCGUGACCACAUUCACAAAGAUUGCCUCCACGUAGAAGGCAACAAAAGACGACUUCAUACAGCUCAAACUAGGGAAGGCUCCUCUCAGAUUCUUCAUUUAAGCUGUUGCCGCUUGGGUAUCGAUCUUCCUUCCUCUGCUGCCUUCUUCCUUCCCCGUCAGUCUCCCCUGUCCUCGGGAGGGAGGAGGAAAGUGAGCCUUGAUAUAGACAGGUUGAGGAUAUUUUGGUGUAAGCAGGACGAGAACAGAGGAAAGAUUGGGUUUUGAGAGCUGGAAAAGGCCGGAAAAGUGGUAAAGGUGCGGUCUUUUAGCAAGCCUGAGCGCCAAAAGUCGGCUUUUGAACAUGGUCGGCGGGUGGGAUCUCAACGACGCAGUGUCAGAGGAGGACAGCUGCUGCCUAAUGGCCUCCGCCCCUGCUGAGGACGGCGGAGAUGACGAGAAGGGGAAGCCCGCCGCAACCAGCUCGGGAGAGGUGGAGAACGACGACUCCGGCACCUCAGUUGUCGAUGUCGAGGCGUUCGGCGGAAGCGCCGGGAAGGUCUUCGAAUUCUCCGUCUCCGGCCGUCGCUCCGUCCAGAGCGGGCCCACCGUCGCGACUCACCAGUUCUUUCCUUUGGGUCACUCGGAGGGGGCUCGGGCGGGCGGGAGCUCGGCGCCGCCGUCACCUCGCGUGCACUGGACCGGAGAUGGGUUCUGGCAGUCAUCGGAACCAGUGGUUGCUGGAAUGGCGACGGAGGCGCAGCCGCCGGUGAAGAAAAGCAGGCGAGGUCCGAGGUCGAGGAGUUCGCAGUACCGGGGGGUGACCUUCUACCGGAGGACCGGGCGGUGGGAAUCCCAUAUAUGGGAUUGCGGAAAGCAAGUCUAUUUGGGUGGAUUCGACACUGCUUGUUCAGCAGCAAGAGCAUAUGACAGAGCUGCAAUCAAAUUCCGUGGGGUGGAUGCAGAUAUAAACUUUAGAUUGGAUGACUAUGAGGAGGACAUACAACAGAUGGGCAAUCUUAACAAGGAGGAUUUUAUUCAAGUUCUCCGCCGCCAGAGUGGCAGCUUUCCUCGAGGAAGCUCAAAGUUCCGAGGAGUCAUCUUGCGCAAAUCUGGGAAGUGGGAGGCCAGAAUGGGUCAGAUUUUGGGUAAAAAAUAUGUGUAUCUGGGACUCUUCGAUACCGAAAUCGAAGCUGCUAGAGCUUAUGACACUGCUGCAAUUAAGUGUAAUGGGAAAGACGCGAUAACCAACUUUGAUCCUAAGCUCUACUCAAAUGAGCUUGGUAUUGAGACUGAUCAUGUUGAGCAUAAUCUCGAUCUUAGCUUGGGGAGAUCAGGCUCCAAAAGGAUUAACCUCGAGAUGAUAGAUGAUGAGAGCUCCAGUGUCGUCGAUCAGCAAUUUCUCAUAGGCUCCGAGUCAGAGAGGAAACACAACAUGAUAUUAAAGUUUGAUGACAAUCUCAAGCUAUCCAAAGGAAAAGACAGCAGAAGUUACUUUCCUCCUAGCAAUGGCUUCAGUCAAUUUCCAUUCAGCUAUGUACCACUUCAAACAACAACUGACAUGUCCUCAGUGUUCCAGAUCAUCCAGCUGCAGUCUAAUCCAUCUUGUUAUGAUCAACAUCCUGGCAGCUGCGAUAAAUAAAGGAUCUGCAAAUGGCUUUCAUUAUCGAGUGGUGGACAGCGACUUGAGAGGCAUUUAGAUCGGGAACAAGGUGUGGAAAUUAGCCAUCUUUCUAAUUGUUUGUCGCUGUUAAUUUUGCAGCAACAUCAGGAUUCCCACCACAGAUAGCAAAACUGGCAAUUUCCGACAUCCAGCACUAGAAUAAUGGAUUCAAGUCUUAUAUCAGACCUGGUUAAAACAAAGCACCAUUUGUGUCACAGGACCCAAACCGUAACACCUCAAAUCUUGGAAGCUCCUUUUGUGCGUAAAUGGCAGUGUUAAGGAGCUGAGCCUGUGGGAAGAACUAAAGUUGGAACAGGAAGUCGGCUUCUUAUGAAGUGGAUGGCUCUCUCUUCCUUUCAUGUGUUUAAAAUGUUCAUACUAAGUCCUCAUUCAUCAGUCUGCUGUUGUAUUUUGUUUCAAGAAAGCAAUAAUUUGAGCAAAAUAGAUUGCAGAUUUGAAGUAAAAUGACAUUUAUUCGCUCA